GACACGUACAGAUGGCGGGAAACGAGAGCGGACACAAACACGGAUACACUUUUUAACUUUUAAAUCUCAUAUCUCUUUUUUUCAGCGUGAAUUAAACAGACUGUCUCUGCGAUCCGUCAGGACGAUGGUUCAAAUAGUCGUGAGAGGCAGCGUGGACGGCAGCAGUCCUCCAGAGUGGCUCCUGGUGGAGCUUCAGGGAGAGAUGGUGUCCAGACACAACUCCGGCCUGGCAGGAAACGUGAUGGGAGACCUGCUGUACACCAAAGAGGGGGUGCCGGUGCUGAUCGUAGGACACCACAUUCUCUACGGGAAGCAGGUCAGGCUGGAGAAACCGUUCGCCGUCCUCACCAAGCACUCGGGCCAAUCACAGGACAGCGGCCAUGAUGACGACGGCGACGCACCGGUCGCCAUGGAAACAGACUGCGAAGGCCCCGCCUCCACAUCGUACUCUGUGUCUGCGCUCAUCAAACGGAAGCUGAUCUUCAAGACGCGACCCAAACCCAUCAUCACCAACGUGCCCAAGAAGGUGUAGCUGGAGGCGGGGCUUCUCUCCAGGAGGCGGGGCUUCUCAUGAGGAGGCGGGUUGGAUUGGAUGAAAUCAGCCCAUCAUUUUGUGAUUCAGAGACGUUUUUCAUUCUGUUACCUUGUUAAAUUAAAUAGGUUCAUAUGCGAUGUGAUGUCAUGCUGUCAUACUGUCUCCUGAUUGGUUGGUUUUCUUCCAGCGUGUCUGAGCAGCAGGAAUGUUGAUUUCAGUGAUCAGGAUUCACAUUAAAUUAGUGAAAUUACAAAAUAGUUUCACUCAGACAAGAUGUUCUUGAAUUAGACUUAGAAAACUUGCAUUUAGAACCCAAACACAUUCUAGAACUCAUCACUGAAGGUUUCUUUAGAAGAAGCGUGAGUUCCCGAAUGGCUCGCUCGCUGGACGUCGAGUUCAGUGAACGUGUUCUUGUACACGUGGGGAACGUUGUGUACUCGGACGCCGCACACCGUGGGACUGUUGGACUGGAUUCAAGGUGUUGGUGAGGACGUUGAAGACACAGGAACCAUCUGUCCAGCCGGAGAUGUGGAGGAGAGCAGCUGGCGCGAGAACAGACAGGAUGGUUCUCUGCAGUUUAGAGAUGAAGAUCUGUUCUGAAGUCGACUGGAGAAAAGACGUCAGCAGAACGACGACCCCUUAAAUCAAUGACUGAUCAGAACACUCAGGUUAGGAACAGCUUUAUUUUGAUAGUGUAGUUUCUGAUUCGGAGCUGUUAUCGUUCUGUCAUGACCCGUGCCACUGGUGAGGAUUGAUCCAGAAUGUACUGAGGAGGUGGAUUUG